CCAAGUAAGGGAACGUAUUGUUAUUGUGGCUGUACGCUCGUAUAUCGUUUGCGCAAUAUUUUUUUUGUCAAAUGCCAAUGUCACAAUUUGACGAUUGGAAAAACUAGACAUUUUCUUUCAUUUGAAAAUCGUAUUAGACACUGAAAUAAAUUAAUAAGGAUGUCGUUACGCUUAGGCGGCGCUUUAAGGGAACUCAGGAUUCAUCUGUGCCAAACAAGCAAGCAGUCAGAGGGCGUGAGGGAAUUUAUCAAGAACAACUAUGUGAACAUCAAGAAGGAGAAUCCUAACUUCCCGAUUCUGAUCCGCGAGUGUAGUGGCGUCCAACCGCGAGUAUGGGCUCGCUACGAUAAAGGAGCUGAACGCAGCGCUGCUCUCACAAACUUAACUGCUGGUGACAUCAUGGCAACCAUCAAACAAUUAGUAAAGUGAAUAGCUUUUAUUUGAUUAUGUAUAUAUUUUAGUUAAAUGAAUACAUUGUUUUAUUUUAAA